CAGAGACUGCGAGGAUUGCGUGCCACGCCCGGCGGUGCCCUCUCUGCCGAUGCCCUGCAGAUUUCAGACAGUAUAAAAGCACCUCAAUGGACACUUUCUAAUCACUCAACUCAAACACCUCAACGAAAAACAUGGCCUUCAAGCUCCUUGCUUUCGCCGCCCUCAUCGCCGUCGCCCGCGCUGGCGUGAUCGGUGCCCCCCUGGCCUACGCUGCCGCCCCCGCUGUGGCCAAGGUCGCCGUCGACACCGACUUUGACCCCAACCCCCAGUACAGCUACAGCUACGACAUCCAGGAUGCCCUGACCGGUGACAGCAAGGGCCAGUCCGAGACCCGCAACGGUGACGUCGUCCAGGGCUCCUACUCCCUGGUCGAGCCCGACGGCACCCGCCGCACUGUCGAGUACACCGCUGACCCUGUCAACGGAUUCAACGCCGUCGUCCACCGUGAGCCCGCUGUCGCCAAGGCCGUCGUCGCUGCCCCCGCCAUCGCCAAGGUCGCUGCCCCCGUCGCCUAUGCCGCCCCCGUCCGCGCUUAUGCUGCUGCCCCUGCCUACCUCGGCUAAGAAGUCAAUCGCCUAUUUUGUACAUAAUGUCUCAAACUGAACACUUAUUUAUUGAAAACACUUUCUUUCAAAACCUCUUCCAAUUUUCAAACACUCAAAAUAAAAAGUGAAAAAAAUCCUAA